AUGAAGGUUCUUACAUUAAAUUUUCUGAGCUGCGCGGUCAAGUCGUGCAAGUCCUCGUCCGAUUCCUUUCCGCUGCAUCCCAAAGAUGCCGAGCUUGUCAGCGACGAUGUCGAGCUCAACCAGCAGUUGUUAGUCAACUUGCUGCCCCGCAUUGACUGGAAUGCCCUGCGAACAACCUCAACAGAGCUGGGCUUUCCACAACUGCCUGAGCAGCCACCCACCGCCGAGGAACUCCAGGCCGAUGCAAAGAUGCUCAAAGACCUUCACACACUGUUGAUGGAGACACAAAUAAACGAGGGCAAGUUGGUAUGCGGGCACUGCGGGCAUGAAUAUGCCGUUCGGGAGGGCAUCGCAAACUUCCUACUCCCGAGUCACCUGGUAUGA